AGGAAAUGAAGAAACCAUGUAUUGAAGCAGAUUUGAUUCUGACUUUGAUACCUUUCCUGGAAAGCACUGACCAAGAAAUGUUACUUCAUGCUGGGAGAGCUAUUGGUCGUAUCUGUUAUGACAACAGGGAUCUUCAGGAAGAGCUGGUGAAGGUGGGAGUCAUCACAUCCCUAGUCCGCAUAUUAACUGACUAUGCGGAGAGUGAACCUCUUGUCCAUGUUGACCUACUGGCCUUAUGCAAUCUUGCAGACCUUGACACAGCUAAGGAAGCUCUAAGCAAGACAAAGGUGGCCGAACAGUUGGUGAAGCAACUGAGAAGAGCAGAGAACCAYGAGAGGUUAGAAAUGGUCUUUGAGGUCCUUCAGACACUUGCAGAAAAYGAUGCUUUGAAAGUACAGUUGGUGGACGCAGGUGUGCAAGAGGUGCUGUCCGAGAUCCUGCUGAGGCUCCAGGGUAGCUCACAAGCUGAAGACACAUGCAUUGUGAAGGCUGCAUCAGAUCUCAUUGUCUCUCUGCUUCUUGGAGAUGGCAACUGUGAAAGAAUGGUACAGGUGGGAGUCAUACAUCAGCUUCUGGACCUUCUGGAGAAGCACGUGGAGAGUGCGGAUGUCUCCGUUCAACAUGCUGCACUCAGCGCACUUCGAAACCUCGCUAUUCCAGUUGUUAACAAGGUUCAGAUGCUGGAGGAACGUGUGGCAGAAAGAAUUCAGGCACUUCUAAGGUCAGAGAUGCCUCCUGUGCAGUUUAAGCUUCUUGGAACACUACGAAUGCUGGCAGAUGGUCAAGCUGAUGCAGCUGAAAUCUUGGGCCAAGACCCCAUGCUGCUCAACAGACUGGUGCAAUGGUGCGACGCUAACGACAACUCUGGCAUUUGCGGGGAAGCACAUCGGCUGCUGGCRUCAAUCUUGCAGCACAACAGGUCUCAGGAAGUGGUCAAAGCCAUCCAGGAGGCCCACGGAGUCAAGUACCUGGUUUCCAUGACAACAAGCGAACACCCUGCUCUGCAGAAUGAGGCUCUGAAUGCCCUGACAAUAGCAUCUGCUAUUAAUCUAGAARCCCUUGAAGAAUCUUUUAAGGAGUCUCAGCUAGUUCAAAGCUUACACAAACUGCUACAAGAUGUCAAUACAAGUCCUGAGGUGAUAUAUAAUUCAAUGAGUCUUUUGUGCAGUCUUCUUAAAUCAGGUGAUCUGAGACAAGAAAUUGAGGAAAGGAAGAUUAAGGAAAGCCUGGAACAGCUCUGCAAUCACAGCAAUGCAGAUGUGGUCAAGGGAGCUGUUACAACAUUACAGAUUCUGGGUGGAGAGCCACCCCACUAG